GGGCGUGUUAGACUGCGCAAUGUACACAACAGGGUUGUCAGGUUCAGCUUGGUACUUGUCCACGUUGUAUUCUCAUCCUGACUGGCCCCAUGUACAUCCAAGAGUGGUUCGAGACACCUUGAGAGAAAACAUUGAUGAGAAUUGGAUGUGGCUGAUGGUUACGCCAUCUUGGAUGUACAGACAUCUCAAAAUUAUCAUGAACAAGAAACGCCGAGGACAGCCUGUUAGUUUCACUGACGUUUUUGGUUACCUGGUCGGCGACACGAUUCUGAAAGAUCGCGACGAAAUGCCGUUACUAAGUGAACAACAGAAAAAAAUCGAGGGAGCCCUGGUUCCUUUUCCGCUGUACUGCUGUGUUCACGUAAAAAAGGACAUCCCAGCCAAGGAAUAUUGUGAAUGGCUCGAGUUUUCGCCGUACGAAAUAGGCAUCCCAAGAUAUGGUACUUUCAUGAAAACAGAAUUCUUUGGAAGCAAGUUUUUCUGCGGUAAACUAGUGACAUCAUAUCCAGAACCGCCACUUCACUACUUACAAGGUAAGAUGAGCUGUCGCUGAGUCUCAGCAAGAGACUAUGAUCGAAGAGAACACAUUCUCCCUACAUGGGCCUCUUCCAAUGAUAUCUUUUAAGGUGACUCAAAACAGUUU